CUGACAAAAUGUCUCUGUAUCCAUCUCUUGAAGACCUGAAAGCACAGGCUGCCUUUUCUGCAAACCCUGCCAAUCCAGCAAUUUUGUCAGAAGCAUCUGCUCCCAUCACACAAGAUGGAAAUUUAUACCCUAAACUAUAUCCAGAGCUCUCACAGUACAUGGGUCUGAGUUUAAAUGAAGAAGAAAUAUGUACAAACAUGGCCAUGGUCCCUGGAGCACCAAUGCAGGGGCAGCUGGUAACAAGACCUUCGAGUAUGAACUAUAUGGUGGCUCCUGUAACUGGAAAUGAUGCUGGGAUUCGAAGAGCAGAAAUUAAGCAAGGGAUUCGUGAAGUUAUUUUGUGUAAGGAUCAAGAUGGAAAAAUUGGCCUCCGGCUUAAGUCAAUUGAUAAUGGUGUAUUUGUACAGCUAGUCCAGGCUAAUUCUCCGUCGUCUUUGGUUGGCCUGAGAUUUGGGGAUCAGGUGCUGCAGAUCAAUGGUGACAAUUGUGCUGGCUGGAGCUCUGACAAGGCACACAAAGUGCUUAAACAGGCAUCUGGGGAGAAGAUCACCAUGACCAUCCGUGACAGGCCUUUUGAACGGACUAUUACCAUGCAUAAGGACAGCACAGGGCAUGUCGGUUUUAUCUUUAAAAAUGGGAAAAUAACAUCCAUAGUGAAAGAUAGUUCUGCUGCCAGAAAUGGUCUUCUCACAGAACAUAACAUCUGUGAAGUCAAUGGACAGAAUGUUAUUGGAUUGAAGGACUCUCAAAUUGCAGACAUACUGUCAGCAUCUGGGACUGUAAUUACUAUCACAAUCAUGCCUGCUUUCAUUUUUGAACAUAUUAUUAAAAGGAUGGCACCAAGCAUUAUGAAAAGCCUGAUGGACCAUACUAUUCCUGAGGUUUAAAAGUCAAAUCAUGGAAACUUAGCUGCACCUCUCCAUUUCACUUCUUUGGCAACUCUAUUAUGCACACGAAGCUUUCAGGAGCCAGCGAGCAUAUGCUGCAUGAGGACCUGCCUGUCUCCUCCUUACAUGGCUGGGACCCUACCCUCUGACCUGUAUCUUGUUCACACUUCAAGAUAGCUGUAGCCUUAUCCCGGUUUUAUAGAUGUGAAACUUUCAAAAGAUGUACUGACCUCCAUAGGAUAGUAGUUUAUCUACUGGAAACUUGAUGCUUCUGAAAGCCAUUAUGAUUAAGAUGACUGAUACAGACU